AUGUAUCGUAAAAGCAAGGGCCGUUUUUCCAAUAAUGCUGUCCCCAAAAAUGAAGAUGUGGGUUACGAAAGUGAAUUUAAGAGAAUUAAGGCUUACUUGGAAACACUUUCUGAUGUCAAGCAAGAAAAAGUAAACGAUAUUAUUAGAACAGCUGCAACGUAUGGGUCCGCUACUUCUGUUGGUGCCUCAUUCCUCAAAACGAACGCUCGUGUAUCGACCUCCAAAGAUUCAAAGAUCGUAAAACCCCCUAAUUUAAAUAUCGGUGGAAAUUCCAAAGCCCCAGUGGUAUACAACUUUGAAGAAAUAAUGUCCAUUCAAGGGGACGAUCAGUCACAGAGUUCCUCCCCAUCACUGUCCCGUUCAAACAGCUCUUUGGAUAGUGCUGAACACCCACAUGUACCCUUCACACAUGCAAAAGAUAGUGGAAGCGCCUCCCCAGGCAAUGAAAGGACUACUGAAAACGUAGGCGAAUACUCCGAUGACUUUGAAUCGUCAAGUGACGAAGAGGCCGAUAAAAGGUUGACAAGACUGCCUAGUGCUUCCGAAAUUCAAUCUACCCCAAUGCCUCAGUACAGUAGCCCUGCUUUCGUCAAAGGGUAUGCAAAGAAAUCUAAAAAGCGUGCGGAGAUAAUAAAGAACACCGGCGAAUCAAAAUUCCAUACAUUCCAGAAAGCAAGGGAGAACGAAGGAAGAGGGAGCUCUCGUAAUGUUGGUAUAAUGACAGAUGUUGAGCCUCGACAAUCCCCUUCACGCACAGGCGACUGCGACCAGAAGGCGUUCGUUGCCGCAGUUACUGCCGCUGUUGAACACAUAAUUGCCAAACGUCCUGGUCCUCGCCCCAUUCUACCCUAUCCGCUUGACACGAAAAGCGUCAUUAAGACUCUAACCUCCCACAGUCCUUGUCUCGUGGCUCUGGACAAUGUGUUGCAAGAACAACUGCAGAUUACGAGGACCUUCCUCUCCACCCAGCGUGCCAUGCACGACGCCUUGAAGGCGGCGCUAUCGAGGUGUUUGGCGCCUGUCCUCGAGCCAACUGAUUUGCGUUUGAAGUAUGUGAGCUUGGAGCACUAA